UCAUAAAAGGGUCGAGGUGAUAUUACUGUUUUCGUUAAAGUAAGCAACUUUACCUUUGAUCCUUUAACUUUUUUACCUGUACCGUUUAAUAAAAAAUAAAGUUCACCAGAAAUAUAUAGACUUUAUCGAUGGACACUACUUUAAUUAAAACAGUUAAUAAACUUCAGGACGCUUUUGCUACUGUUGGCGUUCAGAACCCGGUAGAUUUACCACAGAUUAUAGUUAUUGGUUCACAAUCGAGUGGUAAAAGUUCCGUUUUAGAAAAUAUUGUUGGUCGUGACUUUUUACCUAGGGGGACAGGAAUUGUUACUCGAAGACCUUUGGUCUUACAACUUAUCAAUCGUCCGGCGAAUGAAACGCCAAAUAAUGAUACUCCUAAAACAAAUGGUGAAACUCCUAAACCAAAUGGUGUAACUAAAGAUACUAAGCCUAAAGAUUCAAAAGAAGGUGAUGAAUGGGGUGAAUUUUUACAUAUUCCCGGUCAAAAAUUUUAUGAUUUUGAUAAAAUUCGAGAAGAGAUUGUAAAGGACACUGAAUUGAAAACUGGAAAAAAUGCCGGUAUUUCUUCACAACCCAUCAAUUUAAGAGUAUACUCUCCUAAUGUGCUCACAUUGACUCUUGUUGACUUGCCCGGUCUUACAAAGGUUCCUGUUGGUGAUCAACCAAAAGAUAUCGAAAAGCAGAUUCGUGAAAUGAUAUUGAAGUAUAUCACUAAACCAAAUUCUAUCAUUCUCGCAGUUACACCAGCAAAUACUGAUUUAGCAAAUUCAGAUGGGCUCAAAAUGGCUCGUGAAGUUGAUCCUGAAGGAUCACGGACUAUUGGUGUUCUUACAAAAGUUGAUCUUAUGGAUCAAGGAACAGAUGUUGUAGACAUCUUGGCCGGACGUAUUAUUCCUUUACGACUUGGUUAUGUACCUGUUGUAAAUCGUGGUCAAAAGGAUAUUGAAACUAAAAAAGCCAUUACAUCUGCUUUGGAAAAUGAACGUAAAUACUUCGAAGAUCACCCAGCGUAUAAGAGCAAAGCACAGUAUUGUGGUACACCAUUCCUUGCUCGUAAAUUGAAUAUGAUACUUAUGCAUCAUAUUCGCACUACACUUCCUGAAAUUAAAGCUAAAAUUCAAGCGACAUUAUUGAAAUACCAAAAUGAAUUGUUAACGCUUGGUGAUCCAAUAAACGAUGGUGGCCAUAAUCAUGCAAACCUCGUUCUAAAUAUAAUCACCGAAUUUUGUUCAGAAUUCCGCACUAUAAUUGAUGGCAAUUCCAACGAAUUAUCUUCAUUCGAAUUGGCAGGUGGUGCGCGUAUAAGCUUUGUUUUCCAUGAAGUUUAUUCAAAUGGUGUAAAAUCAAUAGAUCCUUUUGAUCAAGUGAAAGAUGUUGAUAUUAGGACAAUUCUCUAUAAUUCCUCGGGAUCCUCUCCAGCUCUAUUCGUCGCUACUACUGCAUUCGAAGUCAUAAUUAGGAAUCAAAUAAAACGUCUUGAAGAACCAAGUUUGAAAUGUGUAACUUUAGUUUAUGACGAAUUGGUCCGCAUUUUAGGUCAACUGUUGCAGAAACCGGUGUACAAACGAUUCCCGGGUUUAAAAGAGAAAUUUUACUCAGUUGUAAUUAAUUUUUAUAAAAAGUCCAUGGUACCAACAAAUAAACUUGUUCAGGAUCUUGUAUCUAUGGAGGCGAGUUAUAUAAACACGGCACAUCCUGACUUUAUAAACGGUCAUACAGCUAUGACGGUUAUUAACGAAAAGUUAAAUCCUAAACCAAUAAAUCCUGCUGACAAUAAGCGAAAUACUUUGAACACUCUUAUAAAUCCAUUAGCUGAGCCCGAACCUGCUAACACAGGAUUCUUUGGAAGUUUCUUUACUGGUUCAAAAAAGAAAAAGCCAGGUGUUAUGGAUGCGCCACCGCCAGUCCUUAAAGCUACCGGAAACCUUUCCGAACGUGAAAUUAUGGAAACGGAAGUGAUUAAAUUACUUAUUCAAUCAUAUUAUAAUAUCGUGAAGAAAACUCUUGUAGAUAUGGUGCCAAAAGCGGUCAUGCUUAAUCUUGUUUAUCACGCAAAGGAAGAACUUCAACGUGAAUUAUUACAAGAGUUAUACAAAGCAGACGUUUUGGACGAGUUACUUAAGGAAAGUGAAUUCACACAACAAAGACGUAAAGAAUGUAAGAAAAUGAUUGAAGCUUUACAAAAGGCUGAUGAGAUUGUAUCUGCUGUCUAAGUCUAUGAGGCAUCAAAAGUUUUUAGGUGAAUUUAUUUUUAUUAACGGCGGUGUAGGGAAAAAAGUAAAGUAUUGUAAACGGGUAAAAGGUCUAUUUAAUAUAUGGGGGAAACGUUUCUUAAUAUUUCAGAUUAUAUAAAGUAAUUUAUGUGUCAUUAAGUAGAUUGUUAACUUAUUUAUAAUAUUUCUGAUUGUUUAUAAAUAUAGAUUUUUUUAUUAUUACAAUAUUACAUGUCUUUCUGUAUAAAUAAAAUAAACAAAUCGUUUUUUUAACGAU